ACAACACCAACCACAAUACAACCGACUUUAAAAAGAGCAGAGGCCUCUCUCCAAGCAGACAGGAGCCGUUUUAGAGACAUAUCUGCUAAAAUUUGAUGAUAUUGAUUUGUUAUUUGAAGACAAGUUCUGAACAAACUUUCAUAAACAAGGCCUCCACCUGACUGUCUUCGUCGUCAGGUCCAUCUUCAUCCCUGCAAGUUUUCAAGGAUCUCUGUGUGGAAAUGCCAUCCUGCACACCCAAGGGGGCAGAAACUCUGCACGGGAGCCCAAAGAAGGAUCCAUCCCAGGAGAACAACAAGGAAGAAAAACUUCUAAUCAUCACCAAAGACUUUAUCCGCACUCUCAGGAUCCCACAGAAAGAACCUCAGAGAAAAGCCCUCACGCUUCCAUCAGCUGAGUUUGAGCAGAUCAUCUCAACAUCCCGCUUCCUAGUCAAGGAGGAGAGAGAAGCCCUGAAAAAGACCUACGAGAAGGAGAAAGAAGAGAAAAUGAAAGCUGCUGGGGAGAGCAAGUGUCAAAUCCAGGAGGCCGAUCUCUCCCUAAGCAAGAACCGGGAGUUGAGCGACCUGGAGCUGGAGGCUCAGAAUCGUGCACAGCGGCUGGUGGAGCGCGCCGACGAUCUAAAGAUGGAGGAAGAGGAUGAGAUCAAGCAGCUCAACCAACUGAUUCUAGGCACGCAGUGUCAAGCCACGUGCGACACCCAGAUCGAGGAGAAAAAGCAGAUCAAGGCAGAGCUGGCCGAAGAGGAGAAACGUCUGGACACCAUGAUGGAGGAGGAGCGCCGCAAGGUUGUGGAGAGUUUGGAGAAGUCCAACGAGCUCCGCAAGCAAAGGCAGAUCAGGGGGAGGCAGGAAAUCUGUGACCAGAUCCAGCAAAAUCUGGAAGAAAGGCAGCUCCAAGAAGAGUUGAAAGAGCAGGAGAAACUUCAGCUCCAUAAGGAGCAGGAGAACAGGAACCACGAAGAUCUGAAGGCCCUGGAGAAGAAAUUGCUGGAGAAAAAGCUUCUGCAGGAGGAGAUCACACGCAUCAAUGCUGAAGUAGCAAAAGCCAAGGAGAGGAGGAGCGAGGAGGAGAAACAGGCUGACUUACGAGCCAUGGAAUACCUGCAGAAGAAACUGGAUCGGGAGGCGGAAUACGAGGCCGAGCAAAAACGAGUCAAGAAGGAGAAGGAGCUGGAAAUAGCCCGGCUGAGGGCCCAGCAGCAGAGAGCCAAGGACUACAAAGCAGAGCAGGACGAAAUCCGUGCAAAGAGACGCCAAGAAGCCGAGGAGAGAAGGUGGAGGCAGAAGGAGAAGGAGCUGGCGAUCAAGAAGGCACGUGACGAAGCAACGCUGCGGGCCGCUCGCCUGGAGCAAGUCCAGAACAAAGAGUACUGCCUGUCUAUGGAGGCCGGCCGCGAGAAGGCUACGUUUGAGCGGGUUCUGAAGGUCCAGCAGGAGGAGAUGGCCAAGCAGAAAGAGGAGGAGGAGAAGAAGCGUCAGAAGGCACAGCAGCACGCGCUGGCCAUCCGUCAGCAGGUGAAGGAGCGCGAGCUCUCAGCCGCCGCCAAGCGCAAAGAAAUGUUCAAGGAGGCCAACCGGCGGCUGGAGGAGGCCAAGCAGAGACAAAGCCGGCUGGCAGAAAUCAAAGAGAAGAAGCUGCAGCAGCUCAGGGCCGUCGGCCUCUCGGAAAAAUACUGCGCUCAAGUGGAAAGAAAGGCGGAGAAAUUACUUCACCCCCAUUCGAAGAACUGAGAGUUUGGCUCCAAGAACAGAGACUUCCGUCAGUAAAGCUCUUGACAUAAUCUGAGGUUUUUGAUCAAUAAAAAAUAAAAAACUAAAUCAUA